AUGGACAUCACCUUCGACGAGUUCUUCGCGAAUAUCGAAUAUGCCAUGAGCAAUCUCUCGCACGCCAAUGACGAGCACCUCCUUGAGAACCCCGUCUUCAACCAGCUGGCGCAUUCAUCGAGGAAAGGGCACGCUGCAUCAAUCACGCAAAAUGGGAAGGUUGAAGGAAAGCAUAAGAAUAGGCACGUUAAACCAGAGAAUCACCACUUUGCACUAAAUCAUGACUUCUACUACAAGGCUAGCAAGGAGCUACCCCGGCACCCGCUCGUCAACCUGGACAGAGCCAUUACCGACCUUCUUAACUGCAUUGGCCAUUUCUCCCACACGCAGGAAGAGUAUACCAAGCUCCGCCGCAAGGCUCACGCCCUCUCUGCCCCAGGCAGUCUCGGUCGCAGACUAUACAGCCAGCUCCGCGCCCAGGCGGACGAUCCUCGCGUGGAGAGCUGGAUAGCCGGCCCCCUGCUCAAGGCCAUCCCCCGUCGACCUAACAAUCCAGCUCGCCAGCAGGAUCUACUUCCGGGACCUGCCCGCAAGCUGGGAGACGGUCUCAACAGCACACUUCCAUCUAGGCCGUCCGGAGAUUGUAUAGGUAGUCCUGCUACAGCAGUGUGGACAGGACCUAAGCUGGCGCUCCUCCUGCGCGCGGCACGCGAGAAGAACGCGCAGAUUGCCAAGGCCGGCGAGGGCCGCAACUACUUCCGACUGAUGGAUGUGCUGGAGGUGAUAAGCCACGACGCGGUUAAUAAAGGCGUGCCCGAUACGGAUGCCGUGCCCGAGCUGUUCUCUGACCCCGUGUGGCACCACAGCUACCCGCGCCUGAUCAUGCAGACCAUGAUCGAGAAGAAAUUAGCCCAGGAUUCGGGGUACACGAUGCAGGACGCCGGGAAUGUGUGGAUGGAUUACACGGGUAAUGAGGAUUCGGGAGUGCCCUGUCUUUCCACUUCCCAUUGGUAUCGCGGUAUGAUUUCAUAUACUCCGGACUAG